GCUGCCCCUUCCUCCUUCACUGGAGGACUGAACAGUGAGGCAGGGAGCUGGGUCGCAGCAGAACUGGCCAGUCUGUCACAGAAGAUGCUGCUUCUCCUGUUGUUCAUGGCCAGUCUCCUGCCCUGCGGGGCUGACGGAGGGGAGAUCUCCUGGGGCAGAGAGGCCACACCCCACUCCCGGCCCUACAUGGCAUCGAUCAGUCACUCUCACGAUGGGGAGGUCAAGAGGAACUGCGGUGGUUUCCUGGUCAGAGAGGACUUCGUUUUGACUGCAGCUCACUGUCGUGAAAGGAAUAUGUCUGUAACCCUGGGUGCCCACAAUCUCAAUAAAAAUGAAAAGAACCAGCAGGUCAUUCCAGUGUUUCAAGCCUUCCUUCACAAGUCUUACAGUCUCUUGAAAAGAGACAACGACAUCAUGCUGCUGAAGCUGAGAUACAAGGCCCGACUGACCAGCGCGGUGAAGCUCAUCAGCCUGCCCAGCAGAGAGGACUGGGAGAAGCCAGGCCAGGUGUGCAGUGUGGCAGGAUGGGGACGAACGUCCAACGGACGCUAUCCGAGCAAACUCCGAGAGGUGGAGCUGCAAGUGCAGGCUGGUGAGAAGUGCCAGCGUCUCUUCAGAUACUUCAACGCGUCCACCCAGCUGUGUGUGGGGAGUCCUGGGGACAGGAAGUGCGCUGGCGCCGGGGACUCUGGAGGACCUCUUGUGUGUGGCAAUGUGGCCAAGGGCAUUGUCAGCUAUGGUCUGGAAGAACCAGAGAGACCUCCUGAAGUCUUUACCAAGGUCUCAAGCUAUCUGGACUGGAUCGACAGGAUAAUGAACGUCUCCUGAGGUGGCUAGACCACCGUCCUUGUGUUCUGGAUCAGCACCCACACCUGUGUGUACAUGGGUGUGGGUGUGAGGGGGGUUGGGACACGCUGAAUAAAGACAGUCAUGCAGAGAGAGUGGCUGGCUUCUUUGA